GCCGCCGGCUGCUCCGCGCGCGCCCGUCUCUCGCGCGUGCCCCGCACCGGCGCUCUCAGCGCGCCCUCUGACGGCCUCGUCGAGGCACCUCGCGCCCGCUGCCGCUCUCUCGCCAUGGCGGUGAGUCGUCUGCUGCGCUGACCCCUGCUGCUCCUGCUGAGCGCUGCCGCAGGACUCGACCUCGGCGCAGAUCGCCGAUGUGCUGGCGCGCGUGCAGGUGCAGCGCAAGCACAUGGAGGCCGCACAGAACCUGCGCGGCCUCACGUCGAACCAGGACGUGAUCCGCAACGCCGAGGCGCAGAUCCGCGAGGCGCAGCGCAACAUCUCCUACCUCGAAGAGUCGCUGCGCAGCCUGCAGGGGCGCCGCAGCAGCGGCGUGCCGUCGAGCGCCUCGUCCGGCGCGCCCGGCUCCGCCAGUGGCGCCGACGGCUCCAGCUGGACGGGCGCAUCGACGGCCAGCUUCGGCAGCCUCAGCGCGCCCGGCGCGCGCCAGUUUCCCGGCGACAGCUCGAGCAGCUACCUCGGCAGCUCGGCGGGCAGCGCGCGCUACGAGGAGCGCCCCGCGCCGCCGCCCAAGCACGGCGCCGAGCCGGGCUACGGGCCGCCGGGCAGCGCCGGCUAUGCGCCGCAGGGCAGCGCCGACUGGCGCCCGGCGCCCAUCGGCCGCAUGGGCACGAGUGCGCGCAAGCAGUACACGAAUCUGGAUCUGAUCAAGUACGACACGCCGCACACGACGGCCAAGAUCUCGCGCAUGCUUCACCAGCUCGAGUUCAAGCUGCAGAUCGAGCGGCAGAUGAAGCUCGGCAUCGACAAGAUGGCCAAGCUGUACAGCGUCGAGGGCGACCGCAAGAGCAAGAACGACGCCGAGUCGAAGCGCGUCGAGAGCGAAAAGAAGAUCAUGCUGCUGGGCCAGAGCCUGAAGCGCUACAAGCAGCUGCACGUCAUGGACGACGCCAGCGAGGAUGACGGCUCGGAGGACCGCCGGCCGAAUCUGCGCAAGCCGCUCUCGGGCACGCUGCAGGUCUCGGUGCGCAGCGCGCGCGACAUUGACCACACGCCGACGCCGCGCAUCGGGCGCAGCGUGCGCGAGUCGACCGUCGUCGUCAAGGUCGAGGACACGCCGCGGGCGCGCACGCACCCGUCGCGCACCGACCGCUGGCAGGAGGACUUUGAGGUGGCCGUCGACAAUGCCAACGAGAUCGAAGUGACGGUGUACGACCGCGUGGGCACGUCGAUGCCCGUGCCCGUCGGCAUGCUGUGGAUCCGCAUCUCGGACAUCGUCGAGGAGCUGCGCAAGAAGAAGUUCGGCCAGGUGGCGACCUUCCACGGCAACCCGGCCGGCGCCGCGGGCUGGGUCACGGCCGAGGACGUCGGCCAGGCGCCCGAUGGCGGCGGCGCGGGCGGCAUCGGCGGCGGUGGCAGCGGGCAGGACAUGUCCUUCCACAACGGGCCCGCCGGACAGCCCGUGCCGCUGGGCCCGACCUCAGAAGGCGUCGAGGCGUGGUUUGCCGUCGAGCCAGCGGGCGCCAUCUUCCUGCGGCUCAAUUUUGUCAAGCAAAACGUGCGCAAGCGGCCGUACGACGCGCGCCUCGGCCGCCAGGGCGCCGUGCGCAAGCGCAAGGAGGACGUCGCCGAGAUCAACGGGCACAAGUUCAUCAGCCGGCAGUUCUACCAGAUCAUCCGCUGCGCCCUCUGCGGCGAGCUGCUGCUCAACGCCGCCGGCUCGCAGUGCGAGGACUGCCGGUACACGUGCCACAAGAAGUGCGCGCAGAAGGUGGUGACAAAGUGCAUCAGCAAGAGCAACGCCGAGGCGGACCGCGACGAGGUCAAGAUCAAGCACCGCAUCCCGCACCGCUUCGUGCCGCUCACGAACAUCGGCGCCAACUGGUGCUGCCACUGCGGCUACAUCCUGCCGCUUGGCCGCAAGAACGCGCGCAAGUGCACGGAGUGCGACAUUACCACGCACAGCGACUGCGCACAUCUUGUGCCGGACCUGUGCGGCAUGUCGAUGGAGCUCGCGAACCAGCUGCUCGCCGACAUGGAGGCGAUCGACCGCGUCAAGUCGUCCGCCAAGACUCCGCAGAGCGGGUCCUUUGGCGCGCUGCCGCCGUCGACGCCGGCUGUGCAGCAGCAGUACCAGCAGCGGCCACCCGCGCCGGCGCAGGCGCAGGCUCCGCAGCCGUACCAGCCGCCGCCGCCGCCGCCGCAGCAGCAACAUCAGCAGAUGCAGCAGCCGGCAAACGGCGGCCGGCCGCCAGUGGGCCGCGUGCCUGCGCCUGCGCCCGAGGGCCGCAUGGCCGGCCUCGAGCAGCAGACGGCGCAGAUGGGCCUCGGUCGCGGUCACCUCGAGCAAGGGCCGGGCGCGCCGCCCGCCGCAUACCCGCAGCAGCCGCCGCAGCAGGCCUUCCAGCAGCAGCAGCCGCCAGCGCAGGCCGGGCCGAUGGGCGGCCGGCCCGCGCCGCCGCCGGCAUCAGCCGCGCCAUCCGAUGCCUUCGCUGCGUCGAAGCCGCCACGGCCUCUGCCGCAGCAGCCGGGCAGCGAGCUGCGCCACUCUGCGGCGCCGUCGAGCUCGUCGUCGAUCUCGAGCGCCGCGGGCGCCGGCGCCGUCGUGGCGCGCCCGCCGAUGGGCGUGCCGGCCCACUCGGCCACGUCGCUGGCCACGCUCGGCACCGACCAGGCGGCGCGCAACGUGGCGUCGUCGAAGCGCAAGAUCGGCCUCAACGACUUCAACUUCCUCGCCGUGCUGGGCAAGGGCAACUUUGGCAAGGUCAUGCUGGCCGAGGAGAAGAAGAGCGGCUACCUGUACGCCAUCAAGGUGCUGAAGAAGGAGUUCAUCAUCGAGAACGACGAGGUCGAGAGCACCAAGUCGGAGAAGCGCGUGUUUCUCGCCGCCGCGCGCGAGCGCCACCCGUUCCUGCUCGGGCUGCACUCGUGCUUCCAGACGCAGACGCGUGUGUACUUUGUCAUGGAGUACGUCAGCGGCGGCGACCUCAUGCUGCACAUCCAGCGCGAGCAGUUUACGCCGCGGCGCGCCAAGUUCUACGCCGCCGAGGUGCUGCUGGCGCUCGAAUACUUCCACAAGCAGGGCAUCAUCUACCGCGACCUCAAGCUCGACAACAUCCUGCUCACGCUCGACGGUCACGUCAAGGUCGCCGACUACGGCCUGUGCAAGGAGGAGAUGUGGUACGGCAACACGACGAGCACCUUCUGCGGCACGCCCGAGUUCAUGGCGCCCGAGAUCCUCCUCGAGCAGCGCUACGGGCGCGCCGUCGACUGGUGGGCGUUUGGCAUUCUCAUCUACGAGAUGCUCCUCGGCCAGGCGCCGUUCCGCGGCGACGACGAGGACGAGAUCUUCGAUGCGAUCCUCGAGGACGAGCCGCUGUACCCUAUCCACAUGCCGCCGGACUCGGUCAGCAUCCUGCACAAGCUCCUCGUGCGCGACCCCGCGCGGCGCCUCGGCUCGGGCCCCAACGAUGCCGAGGAGAUCAAGGCGCACCCCUUCUUCCGCGACGUCAACUGGGACGACAUGUUCCACAAGCGCGUGCCGCCGCCGUUCUGCCCGACGCUCAAGAACCCCAGCGACACGAGCUGGUUCGACACGGAGUUCACCAGCGAGAAGCCGACGCUGACGCCGGUGCACAGCGUGCUGAGCGACCAGGACCAGGCCGAGUUCAAGUCGUUCAGCUGGACUGCACCGCACGUCGGCUAGGCGCCGCGCCUGCCCUGCCCUGCCGCUGCGCCUCGCUGCCGCGGCGCGCCCCUCGUCUCCACUCCCGCCUGUGCCCGCAUGUGUCCCGCGCCUGCCCAACCAUCACGAUCUGUAGCUUGUCGCAUGUGUGUGGAGGGGGCGAGUGUUGCGCGCAAUCAGACUUUGAGAAGCG